GACAUGAAUUGGGCACAAUGAGCCGGGCCAGAGACGAAUGAUUUGUGAUUUGUGGCUAAUUUGUAUGCGAAGUGGCAGAGGCGCGUAACUCGCGUAACUCGAUUGGGAAGCCAUCAACAAUAUUAUGCAAAGAGUCCAACGGAAUGGAGCUACAAUCUGAGUAUAAAAUGCUCGAUUGACCCACAAGCAACGAGUCAUUCGUCAACGAGCCGAGUCGAUAACGUUUUGCAUCAUGAAAUACCAGCUGGCUAUAGUAUUUGUAAUUGCCUCCGUGGCCGUAGUCCUGGCCCGACCAGAGCCACCAAAAUCCCGCUAUGGACCACCGCCGGUACCGCAAAAGGAAUACGGACCACCACAACAGGCUCAACCGUUGCCAGUUUAUGGACCACCCGCCGAAUUCUAUGGCCCACCAGCCGCACCCACUGUGGAGUCAAUUGUCACCAAGAAUGUCUAUGUGCAUGUGCCGCCAGAGGAGCCAGAAUUAUAUCCAGCCGCUUCACCCAUCCAGACAGCUGUGCCCAAGAAGCAUUACAAGAUCAUAUUCAUUAAGGCUCCCAAUCCACCAGUGCCAGUGCGUCAAGUUUUGCCGCCACCAGUGCAGGAUGAGCACAAGACUCUGGUCUAUGUGCUGGUCAAGAAGCCCGAGGAGCAACAGCCUCUGAUUCUGCCAUCGCCAGCGCCCACAGAGCCUAGCAAGCCAGAGGUCUAUUUCAUCAAGUACAAACAGCAACCGAAACCGGCUACCCAAUAUGGUCCACCAGCUGCUCCAGCUAACGAAUACGGAGCUCCACCAGCACCAAGAACUCUGGAACAGUUCUAGUUCUAAUAUAAACACUUAGCCAGGUUGAGAAAAAAAAAAAAAACAAAUUGUAAAUAUUAUUUAUAG